CGCAUGUACAUGUAUAGCCGUCGUCGCCCACUGACUCAGCUUCCACAUCCUCCUACCGGGUCUCCAGACUCAUGCCCAAGUUGUCGUAUAAGUGGUGCUCCUGUGAGAGCUACAGAUGUAGGGAUAAUCCUGACGCAAGUGGUCAGAAACUACAGACCGUUCAGACAGCUGCAAGACACCAUGCUGCUGAUCAGCAGCUCCGCGAUGCUCGUACCAUUGAACCAGUCGCUUCUGGGCCUCACUCACCUGCACAUGAGCCUUUUGGAGCCAACGAACCAUUCGCGCAUGGUGAUGAUGAUGGGGAAGGGAUCUUCGACCCUCCUGAGCCGCUAGACAACCUCUUCGAGAUGUGGAAUGAACCCCCAGAUGUUCGAGGCCCAAAUGACUUCAGCACUGACGAAGAUGAAGAAAUUUUUCAGCGACUUGGACGAGCCAACACACCAGAGGAUGACACGGAAGAUCCUGCAGUUCCCGAUGAUGAUCCUGACAUUGAUGUCGAGGAUGAUGAGGCUGCUGCUGCUAUUGAUCUCUUUGUAUCGCAGGGCACCCAGUUUGAUUUCUCGGAUGUCCUAGAAGGAGCGGAUAUUCACGCUGACCCUCCGUCAUGCAUGGACGACCAUCCGGCAGUCCGCCACGCAUACAUACAUGCAUUUAUAUCUGCAGCAUUCUAUAAUGCUACCCACGCAGCAGUGUAUCACGAUCUUGAAGGAAAGGAGCGCCUUCUGCGCACUGCUCAACAGGCCAACCCCUGA